AUGAAUUAUCAUUAUGAUUUCCACAUUUUGUUGUUGUAAUUUGAACAUUUCUUUAUUUCUUUGUUACGUAUUAAUCUAAUUAAUUUUAUAUAUACAGACGUAUAUAUGUAUGUAUUUAUAGUAUAAUAGAAUUAUAUUUAAUUUCCAAUUUAAAAAUUUAAAUAAUAAUAAUACAUAUUAUUCUAGAAUAUUUAUUAUCCUUUUUCAUUAUAUUAAUUACUGAAUUUAAUUUUUAAUUUAUAUAAGUUAAUUUCAAUAAAUAGAAUUUGUUGGAACAUGUCGAUGAAUGAUGUGAGUUGUGAGGGUCUGAUUGUCUUCUGUUAAAUAACCAAAUGAACUAUGGCUCCGCGUAGUUGACCUCGAGAGUCGUUCUGUACGUACAUAUGUAUGAAUUUCCUAUCCAUUACAUUAUCGCGUAUCCUUAUCCAAAUAAAGACUCAUAAAUAAACUCUGACAGGUUAUGGACACAGAAUGGUUCCUGUGCGCGAAAAUUGUGAGGAAAAUUUAAUCACGUGUGACAAACUUGAAAAUAAAUAAGUGAAAGAAAAAGAAAUUAUGGCGUCUAUGCAUAAUUUCUCGAACAUAGAUAAAUUAAAUAACAAUAAUUAUAGUUUGUGGAAAGUGCAUAUGAAAAGUAUUCUCGUGUUCAACGAUUUAUGGUCAGUCGUUGAUGGAAGUAAAAACGGAACAAAACGAGGUAGAAUGGACAAGGAAAGAUGCAAGGCACUUGCAUUGAUUAAUAUAAGUAUGGCACAAGGUUAA